AAGGCACGUUUAUAUCUUCGGUAGCAAACGCAUUUUACUUUAGAUACAAAUGACAUUUCACCGGAGUUUCGAGAGUUCUGUCAAAGUGCUACCAAUAUUUAUAUAUCUUGCAAUUCACACGAGUAUAAAAUAUUAAUCGUAAAUUUUUUUAUAAGAUUAUAUCGUAUAGAAAUAGAAUUAUAUUAAUUAGUAAGUCUAUCAUAAUUAUAUUCGCGAGCGUACAUAGAGGAUUUGUCGACAUUUCAAAUUAUCUAACCUAUUCUGUAACUGUCAAACAUUGUGUAUUAAAUUAAGUAAAAUGAGUUCAUGCAGCGUAAUUACGUCUGAUUUUGUGAAUCUAUCAAUCACAAAUUCUGGUCAGGAGUCAAGUUGUAUUGAGCGUCGAUUUCAGAAGAGUAUAACUAUCGAUGAAUUCAAGGGAAAAUUGGAGCUUCUUACGGGUGGUAAUCCAGCUACAAUGACAGUUGAGGUUUACGAUAAAAAUGAUAAGUUCGUAUGCAGAUUGGAAGAAGGACAACGUCUCUUGGGAUCGUAUCCAAUCGAUGAUGAGAUGAGAAUACAUGUCAUUGAUAAUUUCUCAUGCACCACAGAAGAUUUAAGUCAUGUGAAAAAGUUCGAAAUAUCUGAGGAAGAAUAUGCUAAGAAGACAGAUACUGUUAAGGCAUUCCUGGAAAAAAACAAAUUAGGAAAGUAUAAUGAGAAGGACAUGAAAAAAAAAGCAGAGGAAAAGAAAUUAGAGGAAGAAGCAGAAGAAAGUCUAGCUGGUUUAUGCAAAGUUGGAGAUCGCUGUGAGAUAUCAAUUCCAAAUCAGCCAAGGCGAAGAGCUACAAUCUUAUACGUUGGUAAAACUGAAUUCAAAGAAGGUUGGUGGAUUGGUGUUAAAUAUGAUGAGCCUCUUGGUAAGAAUGAUGGAAGUGUCGGGGGUAAAAGAUAUUUCGAAUGUGCCCCAAAAUACGGCGGAUUCGUGAAGCCAAUGUAUGUAAAAGUUGGAGAUUUUCCUGAGGAAGAUUUCAACUUGGACGAAGAAUUAUAAAAUGUUAUAAUCAUUUUGUUAGAUCUUUUUUAUUAAAAAUUUGAAUACUCGAACUAGCUUUUUGUAGAGUAGUUUUUAAAUUAAAUUAAACGGAUCUCACAAGAAA